CAAUAUAUCCUUCUCUUGGCAACUCUUAACGCACGAGUCUCUCUCCUUCCACUCUUCUCAGUUUCCCAUUAUCCAGCUCUCUCUCUCUCAGCUUCUUUCUCGCUCAGCAGUACAGUAACCCCUUUGAGAGUUGAAGUGGAAGGAAGAGUACCCAUUUCGUUUCAACGCGUAAAGAUCGAAGCUUUUCGAAUCUUCGAAUCGGCUUAAGCAAAAGAACAUUCUUUACACUCUCCUGGUUUGUGCUUCGGUUUGAUUUUCAGAGAUGGGCGUGAACUCUGCCAUGAAGAACCAGCACCCCAACAACCAGGUCUUCAAUGUCUCCAUUGAUGUCCCGCCGCAAGGUGGCUCCAAAUGCUUCGACGACGACGGUCGUCUCAAACGCACAGGGACGGUAUGGACGGCGAGUGCUCACAUAAUCACAGCAGUUAUUGGGUCCGGAGUCCUGUCCCUGGCUUGGGCCACUGCACAGCUCGGCUGGAUUGCCGGCCCUGCCGUCAUGUUCCUGUUCGCCUUCGUCACUUACUACACCUCCACUCUCCUCGCCGCCUGUUACCGCUCCGGCGACCCCAUAACUGGCAAGCGCAACUACACCUACAUGGAUGCUGUCGGUGCCAAUCUUGGUGGGUUCAAAGUCAAGCUCUGUGGGCUGGUUCAAUACCUUAACCUCUUUGGGGUUGCCAUUGGUUACACCAUUGCAUCUUCCAUUAGCAUGAUGGCUAUCAACAGGUCAAAUUGCUUCCACAAGAAAGGCGAGAAGAACCCAUGCCACGUCAACAGCAAUCCUUACAUGAUUGCAUUCGGCAUCGUCCAAAUCAUCUUCUCUCAGAUCCCCGAUUUCGAUCAGCUGUGGUGGCUGUCCAUCGUCGCUGCUGUCAUGUCCUUUACCUACUCCACCAUUGGACUUGGCCUUGGUAUUGCCAAAGUUGCAGAGACGGGGAAAGUCAUGGGAAGUCUCACCGGAAUCAGCAUCGGCGCCGUGACCUCCACACAGAAGCUAUGGAGGAGCUUCCAGGCUCUUGGUGACAUCGCCUUUGCCUAUUCAUACUCCCUCAUCCUCAUUGAAAUUCAGGACACCAUCCGGGCGCCUCCAUCCGAAUCAAAGACGAUGAAGAAGGCGAGUCUAGUCAGCAUAGCAGUCACAACACUUUUCUACAUGCUCUGCGGGUGCAUGGGCUAUGCCGCCUUUGGUGACAUGGCACCUGGAAACCUCCUCACCGGGUUCGGCUUUUACAACCCAUACUGGCUGGUCGACAUCGCCAACGCUGCAAUCGUGAUUCACCUCAUUGGCGCGUACCAAGUGUAUUGCCAACCCCUAUUCGCCUUCAUCGAGAAGUUUGCCAUCGAGAAAUACCCCAACAGCCAGUUCAUCACGAGGGAGAUCGAAAUCCCAACCCCUGGUCUCACUCCUUUCAAGCUCAACCUCUUCCGGUUGGUCUGGAGGACGGCCUUCGUUAUGACGACCACUGUGAUCUCCAUGCUCCUUCCGUUCUUCAACGACAUUGUUGGGCUGCUCGGAGCGCUGGGUUUUUGGCCUCUCACGGUCUAUUUCCCAGUCGAGAUGUACAUUAAGCAGAAGAAAAUACCCAAGUGGAGCACCAAGUGGGUGUGCCUUCAGAUUCUGAGUGUGGCUUGCCUAAUCAUCACCAUUGCUGCUGCUGCUGGCUCCGUCGCCGGCGUCGUCCUGGACCUCAAGUCCUACAAGCCAUUCAGUUCUAAUUAGUAAAAAAAUCAUGCUACUAACGGGCAUGUCUCAAGUACGGCAAAGACUGAGCAACGGCGAGAAAGAUUGUUUCGGCGCUCAUGUUCAUAGCAAGGUUAAUUAUAUUCGAUGGAAUUUGCUGUGUGAUAAAUUCUAGGUUCAGGUUUCAUUUUCACUGUAUAAUGUAUUUAGGGAACGGGAAGGGUCACGUUAGCCUCUGCAUAUUGUGGCCACCAUCAUAAGAAUGUAACUCUUUGUAUUAUUUGUCAAUGCAAAUUGAAAGCUUCACGAUAAAGGAAGUUCAAGGUCUUGUCUUUCUGCCGAUCUAUGCAAUUUCGUAGAUACUUCCUCUUUCU